CCGAGCGGAGCCGAGCGGAGCCGAACGGAGCCGAGCGGAGCCGAACGGAGCCGAGCGGAGCCGAACGGAGCCGAAGCGAUCCGAGCCGUGGGAGCAUUGUGCGUGCGGGCAGGACGGAGGGACGGACGCCGCGAGCCGCGCCGAGCGCUGCAUUCCCGCCGCUGAGGCCGCCGCCCUGCCCCUCCCCUCCCUCCCCACAGCCCCAGCAGCAUGUCGGGCCGGUCGGUGCGGGCCGAGACCCGGAGCCGGGCGAAGGAUGAUAUCAAGCGGGUGAUGGCGGCCAUCGAGAAAGUGCGCAAAUGGGAGAAGAAGUGGGUGACAGUUGGCGACACGUCCCUACGGAUUUACAAAUGGGUCCCAGUAACAGAGCCCAAGGUCGAUGAUAAAAACAAGAAUAAGAAAAAAGGCAAAGAUGAAAAAUGUGGCUCUGAAGUGACCACUCCAGAGAACAGCUCCUCCCCAGGGAUGAUGGACAUGCAUGAUGACAAUAGCAACCAGAGUUCAAUAGCUGAUGCUUCUCCAAUAAAACAAGAAAACAGUAGCAAUUCAAGUCCAGCACCAGAACAGAAUUUGGCAACACAAGCAGAUGGCACUGAAGUAAAGUCUGAUGAAACUCAGUCAGAAGCAAAGGAGCAACCUGGUUCAGAAGAUACCUCUGAUGAACAGAAUUCACAGUCUUCAAUGGAAAAUUCCAUGAAUAGUUCAGAGAAAGCAGAAAUUCAGUCCUCUGGAGAAAACGAUUUACUUACAGAGGCAUCAAAAAACUCUCAGGACUCUGAAGGAGUGCCACCUUCUAAAAAGAUGAAAGUAGAGGCUUCCCAACAAAACGUUGAAGAGAUUUAGACUAUAGAUUUUUCUGGUCAGUUUUUAUGUAAGGUACAUCAGUGGGCUUAAUUCUAGAACAACCUUACUUAAGCAUCUUCUCUUGGAUGAGGACAGAACUCCUAACUUUUCAAGUUACCAAGCAAAAAUCCAAGAAAGCCUAACAAAGGUUUAACUUCUCAGACACUGAAAACUUUUUUCCUGUGAAACAAACAUUGAGAACUUUUAAGUUACUGUCUCUGAAAUGGUUGGAGUAAACAACUCAGGAGGGGUCUACGCACUGUUUCUAAAGUCAAAAUUACGAUUAUGUUGCUGCUGUAUUAUUUUUUUUGUUUGUUUUUCAUUUCUCUAUUUAACAUUGUAAGAUAUUUAAGGAUGGUACAGGUCAAGUAUUAGCUUUCAUGUGAAGUUCAUUGUUCUGGCGCGAUGUCUGCUUUUGUUUUGUGCCUUGUGUUCUGAAAACAGUGCUAACUUUUAACUUUUAAAAGUUGUUUUGCAACUGUCUCCUUUGCAAAGUGACCUAUGUUUGUAUAAUGCCAUGUAGAAAGGCUUUUUGGUUUAUUUUUUGUUUUGUUUUGUUUUUUCUUUUCUUUUUUUGGAGGGUUAGGGAGGGGUUGUUUUAUUUUAUUUGUAAUUCUUAAAUCCCUGGUGCUUAAAUUUUAACAGAUACCGAUCAGGAAGCCAUUUUCACUCUUGGAGUCCAAGGAGAGAAAAGAGCUUGAUAUGUUAUUUUAGCAGCUAUAGUGGAGAUCUUUUAUUGAAUGCAUGGCAUUCGCAACUGUAAAUUUGGUCUUCUAAAUACUUAACUUCAUCAGAAGUUAACAUGAUCUGUUUACCAUUUAUAGUCCAGAUCUGAAUAUAUAAUGUAACACAACAGUUAAAAUACUUAGGUAUUAGGUCCAGAUCUCUGUACUGGGUACAACUUGCUUUACAGAAGAGUUCCACUAUGUAUAUAAAUAGGAUCAAAGGGAUUGAUGCACAAUGAAUUUAUUUUCAAUUGGACUGUUUUGAUAUGAGAUUUUCACUGAACUGGAUUUCACUGUAUAUUUCUGUAUGUUUACUUCUGUGUUCCAAGUUAAUACUGGUUUUGGGAUUUUUCUUUUUCCUUUCAGCAAGUCUUGUAAAUAAGCCUUGUUGUUUCUGUCGUCUGUGCAUCAUUGAUGGAAAUGUUCCUUCUUUUACAAUUAUGUCAAACUGUGCUUAUGCUGAACUUAAUUGAAAAGCACUAAGCGUGUGCAACUCCCUUCGAAUCAGCGGCGUUUAGAAGUGCAGAACCAUCUGCAAAGGCGUCGUCUUUGGGGCCUGAUCUUUCAGGUUGAGUGCCCAGUUAGAACUCAGUGUCAGUGGGAACCACUUAUUUCUCACUUAAUUCUCUUUACACACACACAUGUGCAUGUGCACGUGCGCACACGUGUAUUGCUGGAUCAGGCCCUUAGUCUGUCUUCACUUUGUGUGUGUGAGAGGUGGAGCUUGUAAUUUAAACUAUGAUCUCACAGCUAUGAAAAUGGUUGCAUAUAGUUUGUAAGUUAAGAACUGUAAAUACUUUUUUAAAGGAAAAAAAUAAAUAAAAUAAUCGCUUCCAGUUGAUACAUUUUCAUAAUUAGCUCUUCAUCAAGCUUAUUUAUUUCUGAAUUCUCCAAUAGUGAAAAUGGCUUGCACUUAGACUACUGGAUUGCGUCCGCAAUUACCACUUUAUUAUGAAAAACAAUGGGGAACUUGGGGGAGGGAGUAGAGGGAGGGCAGCUGGGGGAGCCAGAACUGGCAUUCCAUAGGAUGUUUGUAGGAUUCACCUCCAAACAGCACACAACACUCAAUUUCACAGCUUUUCCUUUGUGUUGAAAUAAACUUUUUGGAUUUUAACCGAAUAAAAUUUGAUUGCAAAACAGCCUGUGAUAGAAGCGUGCUCCCUAAUAAGGCUUUGGGAUUUCUGGUCUGAUCACGAAGUCCAUUUAAUGUUCUGAAAAUAAGGAAAUGAGGAGCCAGAAAUUAUGUUUGCACAACAUUAUGCAAUGAAAUGGUGGAAUUCUCUCGUGACUUGUAUGUAUGCCUAAAAUGUGGAUAACUGGUCAAUGCUGAUUGAUUUGUAUGUAUAUUACAUUCAGAUUUAAGUGAUAUUUUGUGAGAAGUUCUAUUGAUAUAUGAAAUGGUCAAAUUUAGAAAGAUUCAAACUUUGGAAAUAUUUUUGCUUUACCGUUGGUUUGUGGGUUUUUUUUGUAUUAUUAUUAUCCUUAAUGCUAAAGCAAAACAAAUCUGAUGCCACCUUUGACAAGCAGUCGUUUUUACUAAUCCCUAUCUCCAGGUGCAUCGCAGCAAGUUUUUAAUUCUAAUUUUGUAGAGGUUUCCAAGGGAAUAAAUAGCUUUUUUGUUUAGGAACUAAUUCCUGUACUUUAGGAAGAAAUAAAAUAUAUAAAUAGCACUAAAAAUACCUCAAAUUUUUCAUUAGAUAGAAGCAUUUAUUGGCAUUAUUGACAUCGACAGGUUUAAUUAUAAGCUUCCUUUUCUCUCCUGCGGCUUCUGCUCGGAACUGCUCAUUGUUCUGGGGCUUACAAGACAAGGCAUCAUAAUUCUAUUCCUAGAGGCUUUAUUUCUAAAAUAGUAACGUUUCAUUUACAGCUUACACAGGAUACAUUCAGAACUUUUAUUUUUAACCAGAGAUUCUAGCAACAACAGACAGCUGAACAAGCAGAUAGCUUUGGGUUCCUUAGAUCAGUUAUUGUCAUUCUCUGGGAGAAGAGACUUUGGCAUUACCUGGUAUGAAGAAAUCCAAAAUAGUGUAUAAGACUGUUAUUAGUCUUAGUGAAGUGCCUGAUAACAUUUAUGGGCCAACGGAUGUGAUUGAACACAUUUUAAUGCCAGAAAGUACAGAUGGGACCAAACCAGAACAUCGCAUUCAAACCAGUCUGAGGUUUGAAACCAGAUCGAAAUCCAGUUGUUUAUUUUGGUUUUGUUUGGGUUUUUUGGUUCUUUUUUUUUCGGUUUGGACCUGUCUCUACCAGAAACUUGUUUGAUGAACUCACUGUAAAAGGUUUCAUUGAAAGCAUUGAGACGUGGAGCAGGAGGAGAGAUGUGAUUUUCUUCAAGAUGGCUGACAGUUCUCAUACAGCUGAUGUUCCAGAAACAGGGCAGAUUUCAACAAGUGCUUCCUUGCUACAGUGCUGAAUGUUGGGGCUUCAGUUACAAAACAUGAAAAUAUAUAUAUAUAUAUUAAAAAAACGAAAGAAACUAGAAGCAAAGCAAGUAAAUUAGCUGAGUUUGUAGAACGUGUGGGAAGGCCUUCCAAAUAAGUGAUUUACUCAGCCAAACAUUUUAUAGCAGAACUAUUCCUUGGAAUUUUUAUGCUUGGGAAAGCAGUUGUUAAACAUUCCAAAAAAAAAUUUAAAAAAAAGAAAAAAAGAAAAAAAAAAAGAAAGUGCUGGCACUUAGAAAACAACAAAAAAAUCCACACGGCAGUAUAAAAUAUUGGGUUUGGGUGGCUAUCUUCAUACAGUUACAUGGUCAUGUUUUGGGAUGUUCUUUCUAUCUAAGGGCCUGUUAGGAGGUGUAAAGAGUUUUGUUUCCUUCAGUACCUAAUCGUUUUCCAUCUUAUGAUUUGUGUGUGUGCGUGUUGUACAGCAGUAUAAUUUUUCACUUAUUUAUUCCAUCGGUAGUUAUGGUUUGUACAAUGUACAAUGGUUUCAUUUCCAAAAUAAAAUAAUUAAAAACAAAACAAUCACAA